GGUGCAGCUACAGGAGGACGUAAUACAUGCAUAUAUAAGUCUUGGUGCUGAUGGGUCACAGUACAGUAGGACAGUCAUCUGUACAUCGAACAAAUAUAAUUUCGACAGAACGUCUGAUAUCAGACCUGAGAGAGAUGGAGAGGGUUCUCUCAGUGAAGCUGUUGGCCGUGUUGACUCUGGUUCUGGUGGUGUCCAGUGUGAGUGAGGGACGGGUUAUGAGUAAAUGUGAGCUGAAGGCUCAUCUUGAAGCAGCUCAGUUUCAGCUGACAGCCAUGGGAAACAAUAUGACAGUAGACGAUUUAAUCGCAACAAUUGUCUGCAAAGCAAACGCUUCAGCUUUCAACACCAACUUGGUCAAAGCCAUUGCGAUCAACCAUGAGGAGAAGCAGCUCAAUGAAACUCUACCUCAAAGACCCUCUAAAGGUCCACCUCAAGGAUCACCUCAAGGCCCACCUCAAGGCCCACCACAAGGACCACGUCAAGGCCCACGUCAAGGCCCACCACAAGGACCACGUCAAGGCCCACCUCAAGGCCCACCAAAAGGACCACGUCAAGGCCCACCUCGAAGACGACGUCAAGCUCCUCCUCAAGGCCCAUCUCAAACUCCACCUCAAGGCCCAUCUCAAACUCCACCUCAAGGCCCAUCUCAAGGCCCACCUCAAGGAUUCCCUCAAGGUCCACCUCAAGGAUCCCCUCAAGGUCCACCUCAAGGAUUCCCUCAAGGAUCCCCUCAAGGCCCACCUCAAGGUGAACGUCAUGGCCCUCCUCAAGGCUCACGUCAAGGCCCACCUCAAGGAUUCCCUAAAGGCAUACCUCAAAGUCCACCUCAAGAAUCCCCUCAUGGCCCACGUCUAGGCCCAGCCGAAGGAUCACCUCACGGCCCACCUCAAGCUCCACCUCGAAGACAACGUGAAGCUCCACUUCAAAGUACAUCUGAAGCACCACCUCAAAGCCCAUCUCAAGCACCACCUCAAGGCUCACCUCAAAGCCCACCACAAGCUCCACCUCAAAGUCCCCCUGAGGCCCACCCUCGGGGUCCCCCUCGAAAACCCAACAGACGUGUCCGUGAAGUGAACGAGCCAAAGUUGCCCACAGUCUCAAAUCUGUUUGGAGUGUUUCAGCUCAGUGAGCAUUUGGCCUGUGAUUCCGGCAAGGUGCCAUCUCUCAAUGUUUGCAAAAUGAACUGCACUGCUUUGAUUGAUGAUGACAUCGUGGAUGACAUUGCCUGCCUGAAGACCCUGUUUAGCAGCGUGAAACCAAAACCCAAUGAGAAACCCUCCGGUUUUACUCCUCCUCCUAAUGCGUUGGAUACGCUCUUGGUGAAGGAGUGUCGAUCUGUCGUUCCCUCUCAGUACUUUGCUGAGUGUGCUUAAAACAUCCAAUGGCCCCACGAAUAAACCAAACAACACUCCAGAUCAGACAGCUUCCCCCUGCUGCUGACCAUAACACACCAUUAUUUUACUCUUCUGAUCUCGUAUAAUACUGCAGAAGUACCAGUGAACUACAGAGUAACGAUGUCCUCAGUCUGAUUGUCCAUGGUGACUGCUUUAGAUUGAAUCGUGAUUGGGUUAUUAUGAUGGUGGUGGGACCUGGGUGCAUUUAAACGUCUAAAGGCUCCAAACAGAUACUAAACAGAGGGCGUUUGUGCAUUAAGAAACUUUAUUUAAUUGCUGUGAUACUGUAAAAGUGCUGUGAGACAAGUUGUAACCCAAAUUUCUGUAUUCAAUUUACAUGAACCUCUCUUAUCUUUACUGUAUCCAUACUGUACUGAUACUAUAUUGUAAUUUAUAUAGGCUACUGUCACUUUAUCAUUAAAAAUAUUUAAACGU